UAGCUAGUACUAGUAGUUGAUUCUUUGUAGUUUUCAACUUAAGUAAAGAAAAUAGAAAAUGCAAAAUGUGAUUAUAUGGAGGAUAUUGAUUUAAUCAAUGUGUUUUUAAGAGACAGAGCGAGAGAGAUAAGGAUUGGGAUUAAGAUUAGGUUUAGGAUUGGGAGAAAAAUGAAGAGAGGGGUUUAGGUCGACCAACUGGUUGUUAAAGAUAGAAACUCCUUAACCAUACAUUUAUAUAACAUUUUCGCAAUAAUUUUCUUCUCUUUUUACCAAAGACUUGAUUCCAAGAAUCAGUAAGCAAGAAACAGGAGGUUCAAGCACCAACCAGAUUAUGGCUUUCUGAAGCAGUAUCUCCGGGAAAAAUAAAAAGAUUUGGUUGUCUCCUUCAACAAUCCAUCAGAAUCAGGAGUUGAUUUCCAGUUUCCAGGCUGAUGCUAUGACUUGAUCAGAAAACAAGGGACUAUGGAACUCUAUUGAGCCAAGAAGAACACUCCAUUUCGAUGGAGAAUUAUCCGGAAACAAAGUUUCUUCCCGGAAAUUCAAUGAUCCAGAAUGCUACAGUUUCUUACUCUGAGGGAUUAGCUGGUAGAGAAAGAACUGAAGCUAACAAUGUCUCAGCCUCACAAGAGAGGCAAGCAUUGUCAAGAUUUGGCGGAAUUUCGCAAAUGCAGAAUCUUGAUCAAGAUUUCGGUUCUUGGAGAGAUCAAGCGAGUGACAGGAACGGUUUCCAGCUAAUGAGCGCGAUGGCAGGUGCCACGGGGAUUCUUCAGACUGGUCAGGGACUGUCCCUUAGCCUUGGUUCACAGAUUCUUCCUGGAAUUCAUCAAAUGAGCCAUCAAAAUAUGGCGCCGAGAGCCGAGCAUUUCAGAGGCAAUGAAUAUGCAACACAGAGCUUCCUGGUCGGGAAUCAGAAUUUGGAUGUUGUGAGGAAAAUUCCCAACUCAAAGUAUCUCAAGGCGGCUCAACAGCUUCUAGAUGAGGCUGUUAAUGUUAGGAAAGCUCUAAAGCAGUUUCAGACAGAGGGGGAUAAAAACAACGAGAACCCUCAAGAACCAAAUCAGAACACUCAAGACUCGAGCACGAAUCCUCCUGCGGAAAUCUCUCAUUCAGAGAGACAAGAAAUGCAGAGCAGGUUGACAAAACUCUUGUCAAUGUUGGACGAGGUGGAUAGAAGAUAUAAGCAAUAUUACCAGCAGAUGCAGAUAGUUGUAUCCUCGUUCGAUGUGAUAGCAGGUUAUGGAGCAGCAAAACCAUACACAGCACUCGCCCUUCAAACAAUUUCUCGCCAUUUUCGUAGCCUAAGGGAUGCGAUAUCCGGACAAAUCCUCGUGAUACGGAAAUGCCUUGGGGAACAACAAGAUGGAUCAGAUGGGAAAAGAGUUGGCAUCAUAAGCCGGCUUAAGUACGUUGAUCAACAUUUAAGACAGCAAAGAGGUUUUAUGCAACCUCAAGCGUGGAGGCCUCAACGCGGUCUACCUGAAAACUCUGUUUUGAUUCUUCGUGCUUGGCUCUUUGAGCAUUUUCUUCACCCUUACCCAAAGGAUUCUGAUAAGAUCAUGCUAGCAAGACAAACGGGCUUGAGCCGCGGUCAGGUUUCAAACUGGUUUAUAAAUGCACGAGUGCGUUUAUGGAAGCCAAUGGUGGAGGAGAUAUACAAGGAGGAAUUCACAGAGAAUGAUUCCAACUCUUCUUCCGAAAAUACACCAAAAAUGUCUGAGAUAGGACAUGCUGCUGCUGUUGAUGAAGAUCGAGCUCAAGAGUUUUCACAAGACCAGACCAAACCGGACCAUGGACAUAAAUAUGGUGAGGAAACUCGUGGCAUGGUCCAAGGCAGUCAUAUGGAUGGUCGCAAGUUCAUGGCAGUUGAGCCUACAUAUAAUGUGGCUGAUAUGUCAAGAUUGGGUCGUGGUGAUGUGUCCUUGACUCUAGGGCUUCAAAACUCUCAAGGACAUGGUACUGUUGUGGCUAUGUCCAGUGAGGCGGCAUACAACUUUUCCGGGGUAGAUAUAUACGAGAAUGCCAUCCCGGGAGCUGAAAUGGAGUAUGUAAACCCCAGAAGUCGCCAGAACCGGAUUAAUUCUUCACAAUUGGUACAUGAUUUUGUAGCUUGAAGAAGUAAGCAAUGGAGAGGAAUAAAGCGUAGGUGUUAUGAUCAGUCUCAAUUCUCUAGUGGAAGAAAGUUGGUCAGAAGAAAAAGUCUUAGAAAUAUUUGUAUAAAGUAAACAUUCUUUUGUGUAAGAAAUAUAAGUGAGGCUAGGUCAUUGGGACCAAACACAAUAUGGGAAAUGCAAUUUGAGAUCUGCAAGAGAUGGACAUUAAACUGUAGCAAUUAUAUC